AUGGGGAACGCGGAGAGCAUGGAGAGCCAGCUCGCGGUGAUCCGCUCCAGAGCCGCUCCGGUCCGCCUGCCGAUGCCCGACCCGGCCGAGCUGGAGGAGAGGUUCUCCAUCGCGCUGAAUUCGAUGAAUUUGCCUCCAGAUAAAGUGCGUCUGCUGCGUUCCUACGACAACGACAAGAAGUGGGAGCUGAUCUGUGAUCAGGAGAGGUUUCAGGUGAAGAACCCUCCACACACUUACAUCCAGAAACUGAGAGGCUUCCUGGACCCGGCCGUCACACGCAAGAAGUUCAGAAGAAGAGUUCAGGAAUCGACUCAGAUGCUCAGAGAACUGGAGAUUUCUCUUCGUACGAAUCACAUCGGGUGGGUCAGAGAGUUUCUGAAUGAGGAGAACCGGGGUCUGGAUGUUCUGGUGGAAUAUUUGUCCUUCGCACAGUACGCCGUCACGUUCGAUGGCGAGCAGCCAGAGGUCGCAGGAGACGCCGCGUCCAUCGACUCGCCCUGGAGCCGCUCCAUCGAGGAUCUCCACGGAGACUGUAGCCUCCCCUCCCCCUCAUCCUCCGCCCCCCGAGCAGCACGCCACUCCAUCAGCUCUGCGAUGGUGACUCGCUCCAACACGCUGCCGAGUCGUCGAACUCUGAAGAAUUCUCGACUCGUCUGUAAGAAAGACGACGUUCACGUCUGUGUCAUGUGUCUGAGAGCCGUCAUGAACUACCAGUACGGAUUCAACAUGGUGAUGUCCCAUCCUCACGCUGUCAAUGAAAUCGCACUGAGCCUCAACAACAGGAACCCCAGGACGAAGGCUCUGGUGUUGGAGUUGUUGGCGGCAGUUUGUUUGGUCAGAGGAGGACACGAGAUCAUCCUGUCAGCCUUCGACAACUUCAAAACUGUGUGUUCCGAGUCAAUGCGUUUUGAGAAGUUGAUGGAACAUUUUAAGAACGAAGAUGACAACAUCGACUUUUUGGUGGCGUGCAUGCAGUUCAUCAACAUUGUGGUACACUCGGUGGAGGACAUGAACUUCAGGGUUCACCUGCAGUACGACUUCACCAAACUCAACCUCGACGAACACCUGGAGAGGCUGAAGCACACGGAGAGCGACAGGCUGCAGGUUCAGAUUCAGGCGUACCUCGACAAUGUGUUCGACGUCGGCACACUGCUGGAGGACGCCGAAACCAAAACCGCCGCGCUGGAGCGAGUCGAGGAGCUGGAAGAGAGCCUGAGCACGAUGUCGGAGCGUGUGCUGGACGUGGAGAACGAGGCAAUGCUGAAGAUCGUAGAACUGGAAAAGCAGCUGAUGCAGACGAACAAGGAGCUUGACCACGCCAGGGAGGUGCAUGCGAGCACAAACUCUCAGGUGCACACGCUGCGGCGGAUAGUUCGGGAGAAGGACCAGACGAUCCGACGGCAGAGUCGUCUGGAGCGCCAGGCGCAAGAGGCGCAGCAAGCCGGAGGACCUGGAGCUCCUCAACCCCCAAGAGGAGAGGGAGACGGGGGGGUGGGGGACUCCGCCUCCCCCUCACCUCCACCCUGUCCUAACCUGUCCCCCAGUCCUGAGACCUUAGCCUAUCACAGCAUGGGACCAGGGAUGAGCGGCGCUCCAGAGAUGCCUGCCCCACCUCCUCCCCCCCCUCCACCACCAAUGCCAGGCUCAUUGUCCAAUGGGUCAUACCCUGCUCCUCCUCCCCCUCCUCCCCCUCCUCCCCCCCCUCCUCCAUGUCGGACCAGCGAGCUCUCGUCCUCCGUCCCCAUGCCUCCCCCUCCCCCCCCCGUAGCCCCCCCUCUACCAGGGUCGGGGGGGUCACCCACAGUCAUCUUCAACUCCGGACUCGCAGAGGGUCCUCUCAAGUUAUUCUCGGUGAAGAUAAAGAAGCCGAUCCAGACGAAGUUCCGGAUGCCGGUGUUGAACUGGGUCGCUCUGAAGCCGAGUCAGAUCAACGGGACCGUGUUCAACGACAUUGACGACGAGGCCAUCCUGCAGAAUAUUAAUGUGGAGGAGUUUGAGGAGCUGUUUAAGACGAAGGCUCAGGGCCCGGCGGUGGACUUGACUCUAUCCAGACAAAAACUUCCUCAGAAAGCUCCGUCCAAAGUUUCUCUGCUGGACGCCAACAGAUCCAAAAACCUCGCCAUUACUCUGAGGAAGGCCGGCCAGGGGUCAGAGGUCACCUGUCGCGCCAUCCACACGUUCGACUUGCGGACGGUGCGGGUCGACUUUGUGGAGUGUCUGAUGCGUUUCCUGCCGACGGAGGCCGAGGUGAAACUUCUCAGGCAGUAUGAGAGGGACAGGAAACCUCUGGAGGCGCUGAGCGAUGAAGACCGCUUCAUGAUGCAGUUCAGCCGUAUCGAGCGUCUCAACCAGCGCAUGACCAUCAUGACCUUCAUGGGCAACUUCACCGACAACGUGCAGAUGUUAACUCCGCAACUCCACGCCAUCAUCGCUGCUUCAGUUUCUAUAAAGUCGUCUACGAAGCUUAAGAAGAUCCUGGAGAUCAUCUUGGCUCUGGGGAACUACAUGAACAGCAGUAAGAGAGGAGCUGUGUACGGAUUCAAACUGCAGAGUUUAGACCUGCUCCUGGAGACAAAGUCCACAGACAGGAAACAGACUUUGCUUCAUUACAUCGGCAACGUGGUGCGAGAUAAAUAUCCUGCCAAGAGUUUAUUUUACAACGAACUUCACUACGUGGACAAGGCUGCUGGAGUGAGUCUGGAGAACGUGCUGUCUGAUGUGAAGGAACUGCAGCGCGGCAUGGAGCUCACCUGGAGAGAGUUCAGUGUCCAACACAACGCCAUCCUGAAAGACUUCAUCAGCCGGCACGAGUCCCGGCUCAGCAAACUGCAGGAGGACGCACGCAUCGCUCAGGAUGCGUUUGAAGACUCUGUGAAAUUCUUCGGAGAAAGUUCGAAGACUAUGCCACCGUCCGUCUUCUUCCCGAUAUUCGUACGUUUCAUUAAAGCGUACAGGCUGGCAGAGGAGGAGAACGAGCAGAGGAGACGUCAGGAACAAAUGUUACUGGAGAAACUAGAGCAGGAGGAGCAGCAGGAGGAGGAAGAGGCAACCAAGUCUCCCUCCCACAGGGGGAAGCGGCAGCAGCAAGAACUUCUCACAGAGAUCCGACGACGACAAGGGAAAGACAGCCGCCAUGUUUAUGAGGGGAAAGAUGGAGCCAUCGAGGACAUUAUUACAGCUCUAAAGACCGUCCCCUUCACGGCGCGGUCAGCCAAACGCAGCUCCCGCUUCUUCUGUGAGCCCCCCCACCCUGAGGAGCACUACUGACGGAGUGGGGGAGACGUGGAGAAAGAGAGAGAGAGAGAGAGAGAGAGAGAGAGAGAGAGAGAGAGAGAGGACGUGGAGACAGAGAGACAGAGAGAGAGAGACGGGGAGACAGAGAGAUGGGGAGACAUACGUGGAGAAAGAGAG